CCCCUCUCUCUCUCUCUCUCUGCAUCACGCAACCCCACCCGGCUUAACACCCGGCCCUGCUGCGCGCCCACACGCGCAUAGUACAAGGCAUGGCCGAGUCCGAGAGCCAGCUGCUCGCCAGGCGGCAGGAGUACAUCCGCGAGAAGCGCCGCCAGCGCGAGUACGAGCGCGAUUUCCUGCCCACCCGACGGCAGCGCUCCGUGUCUCCGCGGCGGUAUGCCGGCGGUCGCGACCGCGACCGUGAUUGGGAACGCGACCGCGACUGGGAACGCGAACGUGAGCGCGAUUGGGAGCGCGAGCGUGCACGAGAGCGUGACCGGAAUCGUGACCGAGAUCGCGAUCGCGAUCGCAGCCGGGAACGCGGCCGCGACUACGACUACGACUAUGACUACGAUCGUGAGUGGGGCCGCCCUCGCGAGCGCCCGCACACCCAGGCGCCAUCUCCGGCCGGGCGCCAGCGCCAGCGCCGGUCCCGGUCCCGGUCCCGAUCCUGGUCACGGCCACGGUCCCGGUCCCGGUCCCGGUCGCGGGCGCGAGCGCGUUCAUGGUCACGGUCACGGUCACGGUCGUGGUCGCGGUCGCCCGACCGGCCGCGCGCAUCGCCCUCUUCCCGGGUGACGCCCAUGCCGCGCCCCGGUGCCCCGGCCGAGGGGGCUCGACGUGGCGCCGAGCGCGGCACCAGCGGCGUCCCCCAGCCGCCGGGAACCCGGCCCCCUGUCGGCCGUGCCCCGCCGGGCGAUGUGCCCGUGAAGAGCGAGCUCCCGGCGCCCCAGGCGCUCCCGGUGGCCGACCCACCCCCCCAGAAACCCUCGGCCGAGACAUCUCGCCCGAAUGGCUCCCCCGAGAGCCCCACUACUGGAGCGGAUGCCGGCCCGGCGGCCGACCACACGGCUGCCGCCGCCGGCAAAAUGCCGGACCUCCAACACAAGGCUGCCGCCGCUCCCCCGAUCACACUCCCCUAUACCCCGCGGCAGGUGCGCGUGGUGCACACGGCCCCCCAUGCGGCCGCCACCAUCGAGGUGGAGGUGGACCCCAACGGCGGGGCAUCCAUCGUGCACAUCAAUCUCGACGCCCUGGAGCGCCUGUCCCUCGAGCAGAUCCGCCACUUCGCGGACCACUGCAACGAUGUCAUCUUCCAGGAGUCGCAGCCCGGCGUGGCGGACCACGCCUUCGCCAUCAUUCAUGGCGGGGCCCUGGACCUGCCCAACUGCAUGCGGCUCUUGGCCCGGCAGCACCCAAACAUGACCGUGGUCCGGGAAAUCUUUUCCAGCAAGCACCAAACCGUGACCACCGACCUGCAAGCGUACACACGCCUGGUGGCCCGGACCUAUGGGGGCGGCACGCACCGGGCCGGCACCCUGCGCUCCAUCAGCCUGGUGGGCUGCCAUACCGAGGAGAAGGGCGGCUACUUUCCGGAGCUGCUGGCCCUGAUGGAGCGGCACAUCUUCCUGGCCCAUCUGCUUCCCUGGGGCCCGCUGUCCAAGUAUGCGGCGGCCGCGCGUCGGGCCCUGGCCGAACUCCGCCAGAUGGCGGUCCCGGCCACCGGCCCCGGCUCGUCCGCCCCUCGGUCCGGCGACCGGGUCAAUGGCCGCGACCACACCAGUACCAACAGCGCCACCAGCACCAACAACAACAACAACAACAACAACGACCACAACAGCACCCACAGCCAGGAUGACAACGACCGUGCCGCCUCCCAGGCCCAUGUGGAGGCCCUGCGCCGGGAGGCCCGCGGCCUGGCCCCCACGGACAGCGACGACGGCCCGAUUCUCUGGUGCUGCCCCGGUGAGCAAAUGGUCCCGGUGUCGGAGCUGGCUGACCUGCAGUCCGGCGGCUUUGGCCACACCCAUGGCACGGCCAUUCCCACCGGCGCGGCGGCCGGCGCCUCCAUGGCGGCACUGAUUAGCAGCGCGGCGCGCGGUCGGCCCCGGCGCGGGGCCGCCGUCGGGUCGGCCUCCGGCGGCCAGCGCGAAAAGCUGAUCGAAGACCGGACCGGCGCCCAUGCCGACAUGGCCGGGCUCUUCCCCGAGCGGCACCCGGUGGCCGCGGUGGGCUUCGUGCAGAACCCCUGUGCCGCGGACCCGGAGAUGGUGGGCGCCCCGUCGGCCGGGCCGCCAUGGUGGUGGUCCUCCCAGCAGCCGGGCUCCGGGGAUGAGCGCCACUCGCCGCCGGGGGCCGCCGCCGCCGCGGCCGGCGACCAAGUCGACCCUCUGAUGCCGGCCGCCGGCUACGAUGCCCACUUCCCCAAGAUCCUGAAGGACAUCAUUGUCUUCGAUGGGGCCGACAUGAACGCGGUGGCCGAUCGCUGCCGGCUGUACUUCCACGAGGAGCCCAAGGACCAGCUCCUUGACUCGAGCCUCUGGCUGGACGACGCGCACCUGAAUCUCCUCCGGCGCUCGGGCCUGCGCUGGGCCAAAACCGUCCUCCGGCAUGGGGACAUCUAUGUCAUCCCCCGGCGGGUGGUCCACCAAUUCCGCACGGUGGGCGCCUGUGUCAGCAUCACCUGGCACCUGAAGCAUGAGGGAUACUACACGGGUGCUUCGCACGACGUCCUGCCCUCCUUCGCCGAUACGGCCGAGGCGGCCGGCGACGCCAGUGCCAGCGCCAAUGGCAGCUCUCCGGCCGCCCCGGGCAGUCGGCGUGGCCUCCAUCGCAAAGCAAACACCUUUGGCGUGGCCAACGAGUCGAGCGUGCUGGCCCCACGGCACGCGUGGGCCCUGCCGCCGGAUCACCCUCUCGAGGGGCAGAAGGGCUCCCCCGCGCGCCGGGUCCACGUCCUUGCCAGCGACGGCCAGCCGGUCGCCUCGGCUCCCAAGCGGCGGGGCCUGGCGUCGGCCAAGUCGGAGCCGCCGACCUCGGCGGGGGCGACCCCGCGCCGGUCGCGGCUCGCCCGGUCGCUGGAAUCCGGCAUCAGCAGCGACGGCAUCUCCUUCUCGGAGGACUCGCUCACCGAUUCGGAUCUCACCGACUAGAGGUCCUCCGUUCCCCCUCCCCUUGUCCUUGUGUACUUGCCUUUCUCUCUCUCUCUCUCUC